UCUUUUUUUAUUUCGCAUAGGUAAAUUAUUUGGCCAUGCCAUUUGUUGAAUUUAUCGCUGGGUGGGUUUCAGGUGCUAUAGGUUUGGUUGUUGGUCAUCCAUUAGACACAGUAAAGGUUCGACUUCAGACUCAGUCUAUAUACAGUGGGAUAUAUGACUGUAUGCUCAAGACAUACACACAUGAAGGGUUUCAUGGAUUUUUUAAGGGUAUGGCGUUUCCCGUCCUCUCCAUCGCUGCGAGCAACGCUGUCUCCUUCGGUUCCUAUAGUAAUGCUUUGGAUUAUCUCACCCAAUCACAUCACAGAACAUCUCAGCCUCCGCUCACAGCCGUCUUCGUGGCCGGGUGCUUUUCAGGUGCAAGCCAGUUGUUGGUUGCAGCUCCGAUAGAUCUGGUGAAGGUGCGUUUGCAGAAUCAGACAGAGAAGAGAUCAGGUGUACGUAUGAAAUACAGAGGUCCCACACACUGUGUUACUGUGAUCUUAAGAGAAGACGGACUGAGAGGACUUUUCAGAGGAUUCUGGGCUCUCGCACUACGAGAUAUACCUUGUUUUGGACUUUACUUUCUGCCAUACGAGUUAACAUGCAGGAUGCUGAGUGAGAAAGGGAAGCAGCCAGGUAUGUUUGCAGUAUUAAUGGCCGGUGGUGUUGCUGGUGUGGUUACAUGGUCUUGUGCUACACCCAUGGAUGUGAUGAAGGCCCGUCUGCAGAUGUCAGGAGCUGGAGGUCGAGUGUACAACGGCGUCCUGCACUGCAUUACUGUUAGUGUCCGUGAAGAGGGAAUACGAGUCUUCUUCAAAGGGCUUCUUCUCAACGGCGUGAGAGCGUUUCCUGUCAACGCCGUGACCUUCCUCUGUUUUGAGAUGAUCAUGAGAGCCAUGACGGAUUGAGUUAGGACUGAGUUAACAUCUUUAGCAUGCUUGUGUUGAAAUUGUUAAGUAAAGGAUCAAUACGUUUUCCACAUUCACAACCAUUCAUUUAGCACAUCGUCCUAGGCACCAACAGUUCUGCAUGUCUUUUGUAUGACAAGCUCAGGUCAUGGUCUCACUACUAAUAGUAUAUGAAGAGUUUGGUUCCAAAACGAGAUAACUCAAUCAAUAUCAAUCAAACUGCAGUUGGUUUGUUUUGAUUUGAGCCUUCAUAACUAAAACAAUACAGCUAAAUGAAGUUUAUUCAACCAAGUUCAGGAGGAGCAUGGUCAUGUGAUCCAUCCAAUCAGCUGGAAGAGGUGCCUAUAAAUAGCAGUCCCUCACCUUUGUCCCGUGACAGUUUUUGCAGCAUCCCUCCUCGACCCCAUCAUCACCUCACUCUCAUCUAGUUUCAUUUAUCCCAGUUAAAGAGGGGGGAGUACUCUGGGUUUGGGCUAAAAUUAUGAGCUCGGAGCCAUCUCCUCGCACAGCACGCCAAAUAUGCUUGAUCUCAUUCCCUAUCGAUUACAUGUUAAUGUGAACUUGUGAAGUAGCAAAAUAAAACUUUCAUCCAUUUUCAGGAACAGAACCCAGGCACAGGCUUAGAUGGACACAAAACCGAUUUUAUUAAACAAAACACAAAAACUCACAACGGGGCAAAACAGGGUAAACACAAUAAACACAAAACUAAACAGGCCAGACUAACAAAAUAAAGAACUUUGACAAAACUUCACUUGCAUUUUUCUUUAGACAAAACUUACACGGGUUAGUGACAAAGGUAAGUACAAAACGAAUCGGCACCAAAUAGCAAACACAAGGGCAUUAAAUAAGGGAACAAAUCGAGAGGGGAACAGAUGACAAGCAUUAAACAAUAACAAGGUGAUUAAUGAGGAGACGAGGGGGGCGGGGUCAGGACACAGACCAAACAAAAGGCCAUGUGCUCCCACCCAAAACAUGGCCCUGUCAAUAUACAAUACAGCUACUGGGUAGCCGAGACGGGG